GGCACGGCGGAGCCGCGGCUCCUCUCCGCGCAGGCGCCCGUGAGGCUGCGGCCGUGAGAGCUCAUCCCUUCUCCACCGUUCCUGCCCACCACCGGUGGGUCUCCAGCACCGCGCAGCCAUGACGACCUCAGCGCUGCGCCGGCAGGUGAAAAACAUCGUGCACAACUACUCGGAGGCAGAGAUCAAGGUGCGGGAGGCCACCUCCAAUGAUCCCUGGGGACCCCCCAGCUCCCUGAUGUCAGAGAUCGCCGAUCUCACCUUCAACACGGUGGCAUUUGCCGAGGUCAUGGGCAUGAUCUGGCGGCGGCUGAACGACAGCGGCAAGAACUGGCGUCACGUCUACAAAGCCCUCACCCUCCUGGACUACCUCAUCAAAACCGGCUCCGAGAAGGUGACCCACCAGUGCCGGGAGAACCUCUACACCAUCCAGACGCUGAAGGACUUCCAGUACGUGGACCGCGAUGGCAAGGACCAGGGCAUCAACAUCCGGGAGAAGGUGAAGCAGGUGAUGGCACUGCUGAAGGACGAGGAGCGGCUGAAGCAGGAGCGGGCGCACGCGCUGCAGACCAAGGAGCGCAUGGCCCUCGAGGGCAUGGGCAGCAGCAGCCACCAGGUCACCUACGGCCGCCGCGCAUCACCCUACGGUGACGACUACGGCCGGGCGCGGGGCUCGCCCUCCUCCUUUAACUCAUCAUCCUCGUCCCCACGGUUCGCCUCCGACCUGGAGCAAGCGAGGCCCCAGACGACGGGCGAGGAGGAGCUGCAGCUGCAGCUUGCGCUGGCCAUGAGUCGGGAGGAGGCAGAGAAGAAGCCACUUCCUCCAAUUUCCAGUACAGACGAAGAAAGGCAAUUGCAGCUAGCGCUCACGCUGAGCAAAGAGGAGCACGAGAAGGAGGUGAGGGCUUGGCAAGGGGAGAACUCCCUGCUGCAGAGAGCCGUGGAGGAGACUGCCCAGGGCAGGGAGGAAGAGGAGGAAGAAGAUAAGAUGAAGAAAAGCCAGUCCUCUAUCCUGGAGCUGGCAGAUAUAUUCGGGCCGGCGCCAGCCCCCUCCAGCCACACGUCUGCCGACCCGUGGGAUAUGCCAGAUAUGAAACCCAAAGCGGAGCCGGCAGCCUCUGCCUGGGCCGGUGCGGCUGACCCCUGGGUGCCAGUCCCGGCUGCUGGUGGGGAGCCCCUCUCCCAGGCGAGCGCCUCUUCCCAGCAAACCUCUGCCGGGCCCUGGGAUUUUCCCCCUGGCACCACUGCAGCCUCCGACCCUUGGGGGAAGGCGCCCUUGUCUUCUGGCUUCCCUCCCGCGGACCCCUGGGUGACGGCAUCCCCCCCUGCCCAGGUCUCUGGUUCUACGCCAGCUGCCGACCCUUGGGCUGCUGUGGCCGAGCAACCUGCUAACCCUGCUCCAGGGGGGGACGCUUUUGACCUGUUUGCAAAGCCGCCCGAGCCAGCUGAGCCGCCGGAGCAGGAGCCCUCGCAGCCACCCUCCUCAGCCAAGUCCAACAGCCCCGUCGAGCUGGACCCCUUCGGCGACCUGUUCCCCAGCGCCAGGCAGGAUGGGGCGAAGAGCUUCGACCUCGCCAACCUAGCCGACUCCCUGCCCGAAUCCGGCAAGGAGCGGAAGGACUGUAAAACCCCUGAGGCUUUCCUCGGCCCCGCCGCCUCCUCCCUGGUCAACCUGGACUCCCUGGUCGCGCCUGCACCGGCCUCCAAGACGCGCAACCCCUUUCUCUCGGGUCUGAGCACGCCAUCCCCCACCAACCCCUUCAGCCUCGCUGAGCAGCCCAAGCCGACGCUCAACCAGAUGCGGACCAGCUCGCCGGUGCCCGGCCUGCCUGCGGGCCUCCCUGCCAACUCCAUGACCUACAGCGCGUCCCUGCCGCUGCCCCUCAGCAGUGUCCCUGCCGCCGCCGCCGCCCUCCCCGCCUCUGCCAGUGCCUUCCCCCAGGCUGGCGCCUUCCCUGAACUCCCCAGCAACUUGCCGCAGCCUUUACUGCCGCUGAGCGGCCCCCCGGCCCCGCCGUCCGCUCCGGGGGGGCUCAACCCCUUCCUCUGAAUCCUCUGGACCUGUAGACUCUCGCCCCUUCCCCGGCUGUUACAAAUCCCCCCGGCCUUUCCUCCCGCCAAGACCUUGGGGGGGCCAGUGGUUCGCUAGCUGCAAGGGAGGGUGCCCCCCACGCCAGCCCCCUCCCCGUACCUGCCGGCUGGGGGGCAGCCAGCAUGAUCCCCCGUGCUUGACAGGCAAGAGGGGACCCCCUUCCCCUGCGAAGGCCAGAGCCGCUGCCGAGGGCGGCGUAGGGGCCAUGGCGGGGCCCGUCCUGAGGACGGUGGUUUGGGGGCUCCGGUGCAGCGGGCUGGGCUGGUGCAUGGGGUCUCGCUGCUGGAUGGGGUCCCCUG